UAUCAAUAUUCAUCGUAAACUUCAAAAUAUUGAUCUGACUACUAUAUUCCAAAAUCAUCAGCAGAAGUUCAAGAUGACGACUAUUGAGAUGAGAGUUCACAUGGAUUGUGCGGGAUGCGAAAGCAGAGUUAAAAAUGCCCUUCAAAAGAUGAGAGGGGUGGAUGAGGUAGAAAUCGACAUGGUGCAGCAGAAAGUGACGGUGACUGGCUACGCCGAUCAGAAGAAGGUUCUGAAGAAAGUGAGGAAAACCGGUCGACGAGCUGAGCUAUGGCAGCUUCCUUAUAACCCUGACCACAUGGGCGGAAGCAGCAGCAACGGGGGCUACUUCUACAACCCUCAUGGCUGCAACGGCCCAAUCAACCACGCCGCACCAGUCCCGACUUCAUCUUACAAUUACUACAAGCACGGUUACGAUAGCAAUGACUAUUCGUCUUACCGCCACCACCCUGUUCAUGCCUCUAUCUUCAGCCACCAAACUGGUUCUAAGUUUAGUGACGAGAAUCCUAACGCCUGUUCUAUAAUGUGAUUUCUUAAUUAUUCUUUACUAUUUUCAUAUAUGUAUGAAACUUGAGUAUGUAAUCAUAAGUUAACAAGCCAAAAAAAUUAUGUAUUUGUUGCUUCAACGCUCAUGAAUUGUGUUACUCCUAAAGAAAAUUUGCUUGUAUAA